AUGUAUCGUCAAGAUGCCAGUGAACUCCAAAAGGUAAUAACACAGGCUAUCUCACUGUUUGGCGUCCCAAAGCUGCUAGUCACCGAUCGAGGCCGAAUGUUCGAAGCCAGAAGUUUCGUCCAAUGGGUAUCUGAACUUGGGGCUGAUUUGCAUUACAUUACCCCAGAAAUGCACAACUCAAACGGACAAGUGGAAAGGUACGUGCGGACGGUCUUAAAAAUGUUACGCGUCGAAGCAGGCCAUCGAAAUGCCUCCUGGUCUGAAUCUCUCUGGAAGCUACAGUUGGUCCUGAAUAUUACAAAGCAGAAGACCACCCGAGCUUCCCCAAUAAGCUUAAUGAUAGGUACCGAAGCCACGACUCCAGUCAUACGCUCUCUGGUACGAGAUGUUGCCGUCAGUAACCCCAUGAACAACCGAGAAGCUCUGAGAGAAGUCAACAGGAACCGUGCCGCUGAACUUCUUCGAAAGAAUCAAGAAAAUCAAGAUUCUUUAGUAAACCAGUCGAGACAUCCCAACAAACAUUUACGACGUUGA